AUACUUUUUUAUCAGUAAUUUUGAUACAAUUAACUUAUCCAUUUAGAAAGAAAACAUAACCUUAAACAAUGCCUACUUGGAAUCAAAUUCAAUCUCAACUACGGAAUCCUAAUAACCCUGUGGUGUUUUUUGAUAUCACAGUGGGGACGACAGAAAUAGGACGCAUGAUCUUCGAAUUGUUUGCUGAUGUAGUGCCAAAAACGAGUGAAAACUUUAGAGAAUUUUGCACUGGAGAAUACAGGAGGGAUGGUGUCCCCCUAGGUUAUAAGGGAGCUACAUUCCACAGAGUUAUUAAAGAUUUUAUGAUCCAAGGGGGUGAUUUUGUGAAUGGUGAUGGUACAGGAGUUAUGAGUAUCUACGGAGGGAGUACUUUUGCAGAUGAAAACUUUGUCCUCAAACAUGAUUCACCUGGCUUACUUUCUAUGGCCAACAGUGGAAAAGAUACAAACGGAUGUCAGUUCUUCAUAACCUGUGCAAAGUGUAACUUUUUAGACAAUAAACAUGUUGUUUUUGGAAGAGUGAUAGAUGGACUACUUGUAAUGAGAAAGAUAGAAAAUGUACCAACGGGACCAAAUAACAAACCUAAGAUACCUGUUACAAUAUCUCAAUGUGGUCAAAUGUAAAUAAAACAAUUUUUCACAGUU